CCGACGGUGAAACGGUGGAUGAGGUCAAUGGAGGCGCUUUGGCCGAGACGGUCAGACUCAGACCCGUGGACCGACCCUAGGCAGGCUACCAAUUACCAGUUACGUGACACGUUUAUUUGCGCCCCUCUCCGUCCGGAGCAUGGCGAGCGCCCGAUUGUCCGAUCCUGUGAUUGCGUUGACCGCCACGGCAAUGAUCGGCCAGGAUCAAGAACCUCCCUCUCGCGGGAGGCAGUGGGAUGUAAAUUGAAUUAA